CUCCAACAAUACCUAAAAGAUCAUUCAUACUCAAACACAAUCACCCAUCUAUACGGCAUAUACAUAUACACUAAUUUACGAAAACAUGGGAAAUAUAAGGAACAUGCUGAAGAUGAUACUUGCGUUUGUAUUUGUUGGAUGGCUCUUUAUGUGGAUAAUGAUUUCGACUAAGGUUUACAAGUACAAUUGGACUCCAAAACUUGCUAAGUAUUUUAACACUACUUAUUUUGGCCCUCAAGGCACGAAUCUUGUGCUCCUUACAAUUCCAAUGAUGUUCAUUGCGGUUCUGAGCUGUGUCUAUUUGCAUAUUCAGAAGAAAGAAACUGAUAUUGAACGUUCCGGAAGUAAAUGGAAGGUAAAAGGAGGGAUGGGGAGGGUGAUGAUGGUGAUGAACCCAUUGGGGAUAGUAACCGCAACAGACUUGGCUUUUUCUAUUCUGUUUGUGGCUCUUUUGACUUGGGCUCUCGCCAAUUACCUCUACAUUAGCUACAACGUCAAACUUCACAACCACGACAACGCUAAAAUAUGGCAGGCGAAGUUUAGGGCUUUUGGAUUGAGAGCAGGGUAUGUGGGACACAUAUGUUGGGCCUUUCUGUUUUUCCCAGUCACAAGAGCCUCAACGAUUCUGCCACUUGUCGGGCUUACUUCGGAGUCAAGCAUCAAAUAUCACAUUUGGCUCGGACAUAUAUCCAAUUUCCUCUUCCUCCUUCACACCAUUGUUUUCCUUAUCUAUUGGGCCAUGGUCGGAAAGUUGAUCGAGACGUUUGAAUGGAACAAGACUUAUGUGCCGAAUUUAGCCGGAGUGAUAGCAAUGGCUAUCGGUAUAGCUAUUUGGGUGACGAGCUUACCUUACUUCAGGCGAAAGAAGUUUGAAAUUUUCUUCUACACUCACCAUCUUUAUGGUCUCUACAUAAUCUUCUACGUGUUCCACGUGGGAGACUCGUGGUUCUGCAUGAUCCUGCCCAACAUCUUUCUCUUCUUCAUCGAUCGCUACUUGAGAUUCCUACAGUCAACGAAACGAUCAAGGCUUGUCUGUGCUCGGCUCUUACCUUCUGAUAACCUCGAACUCACUUUCUCCAAAAUCCCAGGGCUUCAUUAUAACCCAACAAGUAUACUAUUUAUACAUGUGCCAAGCAUUUCCAAGCUCCAAUGGCAUCCCUUUUCAAUAACCUCAAGCAGCAAUUUAGAGGAAGACAAACUAAGCGUUGUCAUCAGAAGACAAGGAACUUGGACUCAAAAGCUCUACAACCACAUCUCUUCUUCUUCUACCGAUUCUGUCGAAGUCUCGACUGAAGGACCUUAUGGCCCUACCUCCUUCGAUUUCUUAAGACAUGACUCUCUAAUACUAGUGAGUGGCGGAAGCGGAAUCGCGCCUUUCAUUUCAGUCAUCAGAGAAAUCAUUUUCCAGAGUCAAAACCCGAGCACGAAACUACCAGAUCUUCUUCUUGUUUGCUCCUUCAAACAUCACCAAGAUCUUUCCCUUUUAGACCUAAUCUUCCCUCCUACAGGCAUAUCAGUCUCAGACAUUUCCAAGUUGAAACUUCGAAUCGAAGCUUAUGUAACAAGGGAUAACGAGCAGUCGAAAACAACAAUAUCCGAUGAUGGCAAUCAUUUGAAGACGAAAUGGUUCAAACCAAACCAUCAAGACUCACCUAUCUCACCUGUUCUUGGAACCAACAACUUCCUAUGGCUUGGCGUUGUGAUCUUAUCAUCAUUUGCAAUGUUUCUAAUCCUCACAGCGAUCGUCACUCGCUAUUAUAUCUACCCUAUUGACCGUAACACAGGAAGCAUCUACAACUUUACUUAUAGAUCACUUUGGGACAUGUUUCUUGGAUGUGUCUGCAUUUUCAUUGCUUCCAGUGGGGUUUUCUUAUGGCGCAAGAAACAAAACAACAAUGCACAUCAUGAUUCGAAAAAGCAGAUACAGAACGUCGUAGACUUUCAGACGCCUACAUCUUCUCCAUCCUCGUGGUUUGGUGGCAGCACGGAGAGAGAGCUGGAGAGUGUCCCGUAUCAGUCUAUAGUACAGGCCACUAAUGUUCACUUCGGCUCUAAACCUAAUCUAAAGAAGAUACUGUUUGAGGCAGAAGGUUCAGAAGACGUGGGAGUAAUGGUGUGUGGACCAAGAAAAAUGAGGCAUGAGGUCGCAAGGAUCUGUGCCUCUGGCUUGGCUAAAAACCUUCAUUUUGAGGCAAUUAGCUUCAACUGGUGAUCUUUCCCAAAUUCCCAGCUUCGAUUUCAUGGUGUUUUUAUUCAUAUUUUAAUGUUUUGUGUGCUUGCUUGAGAAACAAGAAAUGUACGAUAUCUUG